GAGGCGAAAUCGUGAAGAGCGGGGGCCUCGCCUUACAGUGUGCGCGACACGAGUGUUGACGUAACGCAGAUAGCUCGUCCUGUCUUGACUUGCCGGCGCAGAAGCUUGUGCGUGACUCACGGCGCCCCCUUCGCGGUUCCCCUUUCCCACCUGCUGAAGCUGAAACGCACUUCGUAGGUAAAUGAGCCGCAGGAGCCGUCGCCUCCACGUACGUCUCGUGCGUGCCGCAGCGGUGGCAGCGAGCGCCGCUUUCCUCUAUCGUCGAUGGCAGCUGCGUGCCUUCGGCGUGUACCCCGCCUCCGCCUAUCACUCCCCGUCUCCCUCCUCCGCACCAACAUCAGCCCCCGAAGAAGCUGCGCAGCCGUUGUCGACAACACGGCGCAGUCGUUGGUCGCGCCUGCUGUCUAGUUCACCUGACAAGCCCUUCGACGUGCUUGUGGUCGGUGGCGGCCUCAUCGGACUUUACACGGCCGUCGACGCGGCACAAAGGGGCCUGCACGUGGCGUUGAUAGACGCGGCGGAUAUUGGAUCUGGCAGCACCACAUCUCACAUGCCCGCCGUUUCUCCUGGUGCGUUCCCCUACGUGCAACGUGCCAUCCGUCAGCGCGACGCAGGCUGGCUGCGUGCCGCGGUGACCACGAUGGCGGAGGAGACGACCUGGCAAAAUGUGGCGGCUUCUUGUGUGCUCGCACCGGACACGGUACGUCAGCGAGUGCAAACUCGCCUGGCACGCGUACGGCGCUACUUUGGUCGAAGCAGGGAAGUGGCAGCGAACGGUGGAAGCGACGGAGGGGUGUCGGUGCGGACGGCCACCACGUUACUCCCCGCGCUGCACUCUUUAGAGAUGUUCGAGUACGUCUGCGCAGCCGUGAUCAGCACCGCGCUGAGCGUCUUCUGCGGACCAAUGCGUCCAGUCUCGGUCCUCUCUACCGCUGCGGUGGAGCGUCGCUUGCCGGCACUCGGGUCGAACGCCGCCUGUCCUUCUCGCAGUCCUGCGGUGCGCGUAAAGGGCGGGGUGGUCACCAGCAACACGAGCAUCGCGACGCACACCGCCGCGGUGGCCUUGGCGCUGACAGCGGAGCAGCUGGGCGUGGCGUUGUGCACCUACGCCCCUAUCGUUCACCUUCGCGAGCAAACGGCAACGGAAAAUAACGUGCCGAAUGGGAAGCGUGGAAGUAGUGCGCAGGAGGUGCAGGCGGGACACGGGCUCACAUCGUGGCUUGUUGGUCCGUCAGUGGAGCGCACGUCCGCUGCCGGCCCGUCAACGAUUUUUGUUGCCCACGUGCGGGACGCCCUCUCCGCCGGCAGCGAGGUUGACCGCAGUGGCAGCCGCACCCCGGCUUCGGCGUCGACGCCUUUUCUUUUGCGCUGGCUCGCGCCACGUACCGUCAUAACGGCGUCGUCGACGACUACGCCCGCGCUUGUUGCGCACACGCAGAAGGGCCACGCGUAUGAGGCGGCGGCGGUAUCGACCGCCUCCUCCGCCGCCGCCGUCGUCUACGCGCGGAGCGUCGUGAACUGCACUGGUUGCGACGUGGACGCGGUGAAGACCCUCUUCGACGGCAACGCUCGCGAUGCCGUGCCCGCCGCCUUUGCCGGGUACCUGACUUACUCCUACCUGGUUGCACCAGCAGACGCCGUCUACGCAGCUCCUGCCGCGGCUCAGCCGGAAGAUCACAGCCAUUCGACGGAUGCCACGAAGGCUGCAUUGACGUCACCGCUUUCCCAGUCCACGCGUACCACCGGCCUGCAUUUCAGCUCCCCUCGUCUCAGCUUCGCCUCAGCGAUGGUGCUGCCGUGGUGGGACCGAUGUGUGCUGCUCGGGCCGAGUAUUUCACCUCUUCCGCUCCUGCGCCGCAGCGAGAACGCCGUAGCUGCUGCAGGUGCCGCACCAGACGCGUUCCCGCAACGGGGGGCACGGGGACUCUGCGAGUGCACUGGAAGGCUCCUAUGUGGUGCAGUCCGUGGAUGGCUACGCGGCGCAGCGAGAGCGGGUCGUGACGAUGCUGGCCAGCUGUGGCGUCGCGGUCGACGCGUCACGACUGCUCUCGUGCGUGUCGCAAGUCGUCCCUUACGUGAAGAGCCCAAAGGAGGUGCCUUUCCAGAGAGAGUUGCUGGACAAGGGCUACGCACUGCGCUUCUCGUCUGUCCCGGUGCAGGAGCGCGAUGA